AUGCAGUUUGUCCUUCGCACGGAGGUGGAGGAGAUCCGCGGCUGCAUAGAGAAGCUGUCGGAGGACGUGGAGCAGGUGAAGAAGCAGCACAGCGCCAUCCUUGCUGCUCCCAACCCAGACGAGAAGACCAAGCAGGAGCUGGAGGACCUCACGGCCGACAUCAAGAAGACGGCCAACAAGGUGCGCUCCAAGUUGAAAGCCAUCGAGCAGAGCAUUGAGCAGGAGGAGGGGCUGAACCGGUCCUCGGCUGACCUGCGGAUCCGUAAAACACAGCACUCAACCCUGUCCCGUAAGUUUGUGGAGGUGAUGACGGAGUACAACGCCACCCAGUCCAAAUACCGGGACCGCUGCAAGGAUCGGAUCCAGAGGCAAUUGGAGAUAACUGGCCGGACAACCACCAACGAAGAGCUCGAAGACAUGCUGGAGAGCGGCAAACUGGCUAUUUUCACUGAUGAUAUCAAAAUGGACUCACAGAUGACGAAACAGGCUCUGAACGAGAUCGAGACCCGACAUAAUGAGAUCAUCAAACUGGAAACCAGUAUCCGUGAGCUGCACGACAUGUUUGUGGACAUGGCUAUGUUGGUGGAGAGCCAGGGAGAGAUGAUCGACCGCAUUGAGUACAACGUGGAGCACUCCGUUGACUACGUGGAAAGAGCUGUGUCCGACACCAAGAAAGCUGUAAAAUACCAGAGCAAGGCUCGGAGGGUGAGUGCAGGGAUGGGGCAGGGGGGUGGACCCCCUUCAGCUGAUGAAAGAGGCUGA